AUGGGGAAAUGCCAGAAUUCUAAAGAGGUCCCAAAGAUUACCUCCAACAAGUGGCACUGUCCGCAGCUAUCUAGCCCCACACAGAAACACAGAGUCAAAUCUCGCCACAUGGCAGGGUGUGGCGGCCUGAAAGCCUGGGAGAUGGGUGGUCCUUCACAAAUCUUUAUUUCAGCCAAAAUGAAAGUCUGGAUGUUAUUUCUCUGCAUUUUUCUGCGUCUGGGUUCAACACUCGGCGAGGACACAGUGUCAGAAGACAUUGGCGUCCAUCAGCUGGAGCGUUUAGUGGAGCUGCUGACGUCUACGGAGUGUGAGGACCUUCUGUUCACGCUCUCUCACCCAGAGGAGAAUAUUUUUAAGCACCUUGAACGCCUCUCACCAGAGAAAAAUCAACUAGGCCUGAAACCUCGAGCCAAGAGAGACACCUCCUCUGCUGUGGAUAGCGAGGCUCAGUGCCGGACGGCCCUGACAGACUGGCUGCUGAGGUACGGGGAGCAGACCUACUACGACAGGCUUUCCCGCACCUUGCAGCACAUCGGAAGAACAGACAUCGCCAUCGAAGUGGGGAAGAACAUCAACCAGGACAAAGUGCUGAGCCUGAAACGCUACGUUGAAGACUAUCAGAAAUAUGUCAGCUCUUUAAAGGUUCCUCCAAUACAAUCGAUCUCAAAGGACGGAGGACAGCAAGGCCAGAAAGGCAGAAAGAGAACAGUGAGGGAUCUGACAUGGCGAGACAUGGAUCUGAUUGUGGAGCGGGCUCCUGUUCCCCUCUACCAGAGAGGACCUCUGGAUGUGGCUCUGCCUCUCUUGUAUGGCCUCCUGCUGGGCUUCGGUGGCACCCUGCUCAUGGGAGUAGCUGUACUUAAGGUGAUUAUCCAAAUCAACAAUAGAAUCACCAACAGCCAUCAACCCACAGCCAACAGUAGCUGCUGCAGCGAGAUCAUGGUUGAGGAUAAAAUGUUGGAAGAUCAGAGCUUCUUGGAUGACUCGAGAGGCAUUCUGGGAGUUUAA